UAAGUUAAACAUGAACGCCGAUAACCAAGGUCCUGAUGCUGGGUUUCCCAAAGAAGGUAGAAUUCCAGUCGACGAUUUCGAAGAGUACACGUUCCGCGCGCCGCGCCCUGGGUUCUUUGCAGGCGAUCUACCCAAGAAUCCUUUGCCUUGCCCACAAUUCGAACUCGAGCGAAUCAAGAAGAAGGCCAUCCAGAAUAGUAAUGCGGAUGAUAGCCCUCGCUCCCGAAUCUUCACUCUUCCAGUCGAGAUACUAUGUGCCAUCUUCAUCCAACUCGAUAUCUGCUCGCUUUUGACUUUGGCCAGACUCGACUUUUCCCCACCCGACGCGCUUCAUCUUCUACAAAUUCUUCAAGAUUGGCACGUCUUUGCGAAAAUUGCGGCCUUUCCUAAGCUCCUCGCCGUGGCAUCUGCACUGGAAUGCAGGCAUUGGACAAUCGGAACAAUCUUCGACGUCAUUCAGGAUGAGCGCUGCGUUAUGUGCGGGUACUUUGGCGACAUCUUGGACCUCAUGACGCCAGAGCGACGAUGCUUUAGAUGUUUCAUCCACGACGAUAUAAUCAGAAUGCAAUCGCUGGAAAGCAUUUCAAAACUGCAGAAAUGCAGCGAGGACAGCAUCGAGCAACCGGAGGAGCAAAGGAGCACUCUAUUGAAGAUGCUAGAGGAAAACAUUCCCGUGAUACGCCUCAUAGAGGGUAAUUACGGUGGCGAUGGAGACGGAAUUGCACGGUCCCGACAUCAGAUGUUCGACAUGAUUGCGUUGAAGACAAAAUUCCCUACCGAAUUUAGGGAGCCCGAAGACAACUGGUCAGUUAGAAGUCGUUUGCAAUAUGCAACUUCGAUCCGCGCACCGUUCUAUGAUAUGGAAACUUUGUCAUACAAGGAGGGGUAUUUCUGCCGCGCCUGUGCAGCGCAGGGGUGGACACACCGUAGCCCAUCGUCCUCUCGAACCUACUCUAUGUGCGUAGAUGAGGUGCAUGAAAAGGCUCCAACAUGGGGGCUCCCAUACAGACGCUACAGUAGAGAAGGCAUGAAAAAUCACGUGAACCAAUAUGGUGGGGUAUUCAAAAUCGAGUGGUCUAUCGGGGAACACCGCAACUGGAAGAUGGAAGACAAAGAGAUGAGGUAUAUACAUGGUGCAGAUUUUGAAAGGUGGGUAUGCGAUGAACCUCGGACGUUGAGGUUGAUCUGGCCGUUGCUGGUGCGAUUGAGGAAUAAGCAGACUGAGCUACCUGAAGGCGCCACUUUUGUGAGCAAAUGGUACCAGGUUAGGGAUACUAAUCCAGUCUUCAACAAGGAAAAGUGGUGA